UUAAUUUCUUUUUGAAUGAGAGAAAUAUAACAAAGCAGAAAGGUGCAGAGGGUGUAGGGUGUAUGAAUGAGAAGGUAAAGCAGCACAUUAAUAGAAAAGCAAGCAGCGAGGGAGGAGAGGAACAGAGCAAUGAAGGGGACAACAAACAAAAGAUAGGCAAGGGUGUGGAGGCGGAGGUGCCCGUCACCGACUCUCAGCUUCGGCACCAUCAUCCCGUAGGUUACAGGGAGAGCUGUUGCGGCUCUGUUGUGGUGUCUUCUUCGUGUCGGCACUCACAACGGUUUCGGAAAGCUAUUCUGACGAACUCCUUCUUUGAUGACCUUGCAGCUUCGCAUGCACAAGAGGGUGAUGAUAUAUGCCUGAAUGUACGUGACAAAGCGGCGCCUGUGCAGGCCACGUACAUGAGAGCGCAUGUCGUGGUUAUGCAGUUCGAAGGGCGAAGUCGGGAGUUCUCGGCUACAAUGAAGUUCGAGGCAGUAAAGAAGUGGGAAGCCGCGUGGCCGCCCCUCGAUAGAGGAAGCUUCCCGGGCUUCAUCGCGGCUCGUUGUUUGACACCUGGUGAGACGAGGGAAGAUAUCCGACGAAGAGAGCUCCACAUACAGCAGCACUCGACUCGUUCGGUCAACGCUGUUGAAGAGGUUGAGACUUGCAUUCUCUUUGAAAAGAAGGCUGAUGUGGCCAUUGGUGAGGAGAUCAUUGCUAAUGAGAGUUUGGGGGAUGUGUGUGGAUUAACGGAUGUUGGGGAUGGGGUGGCUGGUUGCCGUGAUGGGGGCGGUUGUGUUGAUGGUGUCGGCGGAAAAAUUGAGGAGCAGCAAUAUCAGGGGGGGGAUGUUUUACCCGCUCAGCAGGUCACCCAGUCUCCACGUUCGGCUCCGGGUGUCAUUGUCACCUCGUCACCGGCAAUCCAUAUUGCAGCAGUCACUCCCGUUGUCUCGCAACGUCCUGCGCCGAUUGGUCAACCGCAGGCUCAUGUUGUGCACCAGAUUGGGGUUGGGGAGGAUGCACAUCAUGCAGGGGUGAGUCAUGUUGGUGGUGUUGUCGAGAGAGCUCGAGAGCAGCAGUUGCAAGAGGUGGGUGCUCCAUCCUCUCAUCAGCUCAUCCAGCCUCAACCGUCGGCAUCCUGUGUUAUGGUCACGUCGGUACAAGCAGCGCCCGUUGUAAAGGCAUCCAUCUUCCCGCCAGUCUCGCAAGGUCCUUCACCGAUUGGUCAACUGGGCCCGUCCCAUCUAUCAGUGUUUCAUCGUACGGCCUCCUUCUCUAUUUCCAGGGUCAACAUUGAGGCACGACACUCCCUUACUUUUCAAGGACCCGCUGAUGGUGGGUGGUUAUUGGAAGGUGCGGGCCCAUCGUCGCGGUUGCAGGUGGGGGGUUGGCUGGUGGAAGAGCCUCCUCCUACUUCUCUGUCUCGACCAUCGGCUCAAGUAAGAGAUGCUAUUCGGGGCUGUCCCCCCUCCCCUGUGAGGGACAGGGAUAUGUGUGCCUCCGUGGCCAUGGCGGCUGAUGGGCCUUUACUGGGUGGCCCGUGUGCCGGGGUGGGUCCAUCGUCUCGACUGAGAGGUGUUAUUCAGGGCUGUCCCCCCUCCCCUGUGAGGGAUAGGGAUGCAUGUGCCUCCGUGACCAUGGCUGCUGAGGGGCCUAUAAAGGGUGGCCCGUGCGCCGGAGUGGGUCCAUCGUCUCGACUGCCCACGGGGGGGUGGCUUGAGGAAGAGCCUUUUUCCGCUCCUAUGGCUGCUGAUGUGCCUAUGCAGGAUGGCCCAAGAGUCGGCGGCAGGUUGCAGGAGGAGUCCGGGGAAGGCCCGGCAAGUAGGAAGCGUUCGCGUGCUCGCAGGAGGGGGAGGAAGGGGAGGUCUCAGGCUACGGGUGGGGGCGGGGACAAAGGUAAGCAGCAAGUGGUGCGGGGUUCCUCAACAUCUGAGGAGGAUGAGCCGCCUAGGAAGUUUAGAGAGGUCAAUGAGGUUGGAGUCCUGAGAAUCCCAGGGGUGGACGAGGACAGUCUGAUAGCAAGAAGAAUGAGGAAUGUUGGACGCCUGCCUCAAGUCAGGAGCGCUCACCCAGGAGGACGGACCGGGCCGCAGGGUCCCGUGUCUGCACACUUUGAGCGGGUGAUUGAAGUCAGCGAUGAGGAGGGGCCGAAUGUUGUUCCUAGUACUCAAUCUGUGUCAGACCCAUUGCGAGGUGCACACGAGGAGGAUCUGGAGGAGGAUUCGGAGCCGCGUACGGGAGGAAGGAAUCAGGAUCCGAGGGAGGGGGACCCGUUCAAUGGUAGAUUGCACAUGCAGUUGCUGGAUGGGGAGCUGGAGGAUAUGCUUUCAGAAGGAAGGUUGUACUUAAUGCCGCUGGUUUUUAUGGAGAGUGCGUCGGUUAUGCAUGUCCUUACUGUUUUGGCCUCGUCGGGAGUUCAUAAUGCUCGUUUUCUGAUGGUUGCCCUCUCCGCUAUGCCGAAUCAGCAACGCGCCCUGACGGUGGCUCAGGAGUGGUUGGGCUCCUCAGCUGAGUUGGCCAUGGCCCCUGGAAUCUCGGCCAUUCGCUUGUUGUCACCCACUAGUCAUGGUUUCUCGAUUCUGGGUUUUGAGUUACCGGGGGGAGAAAAGGUGAAAUCGAAUGCGUUCGCGGAUGAUACUGCGGCAAUGUCCCGUUUGACAAACGAAAGCGUUUCGGCCCUGCGUAGUAAGGUGUCUCUGUUCGAGAAAUAUGCGGGUGCACGAGUGAAUUGGGGAAAAUCUGUGGCGGUUGUCCCGGACGGGGUUGACGUCACAAUGUUUCAAGGCAUGAGGAUCCAGUCAACUGAGGAACAGUUUCUGUACCUGGGUAUUCAGAUCCCUGCGGCAUUGUCUUCAGGUUAUCAGUUGGAAGAUCUGCUCCAUCGCGCAGUGACACGAAUGUCGGCUUGGGCCAAACGCGCGUCGCACGGGGUAUUUGGAAAGGUCCUCAUUGCUAAUAAUGCGGUGUCUGCGACGCUAUGGUAUGCGGGCGCGGUAUCGGAUCCCCCUACGAGGGCGUGGAAAGGUUACAAGGGCGCCCUUAGGAAGUUUCUGUGGAAGGACGACCCUUGUACCUCACAUCUUAUCUACACGGUGCGAUGGGAGAAGUUGGUGCAGCCGAGAUCGGCCGGGGAUCUGGGGUUGCUGGACCCUCGAGUGCAGGUCGCUGCCCUAAAGAUGCGCUCCAUCUUGUGGCUCCUUCUAGAAGAUGAUGCGGAGCCCUGGAAGAUAGUCACGCUACAAGAGAUGGCGGAAGGAAUCAGGGUGCAUCCGACGGACGUUGAAACGGCCCUCCUUCACCCUCAACUCUUAUAUGGCCUCCAUCGGGGGGCACUGUGGUUUCGGAAAGCUAUUCUGACGAACUCCUUCUUUGAUGACCUUGCGGCUUCGCAUGCACAAGAGGGUGAUGAUAUAUGCCUGAAUGUCGGUGACAAAGCGGCGCAUGUGCAGGCCACGAACAUGAGAGCGCAUGUCGUGGUUAUGCAGUUCGAAGGGCGAACCCAGGAGUUCUCGGCCACAAUGAAGUUCGAGGCAGUAAAGAAGUGGGAAGUCGCGUGGCCGCCCCUCGAUAGAGGAAGCUUCCCGGGCUUCAUGUCCAUUGAAGGCCCUGCCCUAGUUUUCUAUUGGGCCCCCACGGCACUUUUGUGCAAUUGGUUGAUUAACGUAAGGAUGGGGGAGGACAUCAUUGUGGAUUCUGUACGCCUUCGUGUCUCGUUCGCAGGUUGGAAGACGCCUGUGGAUAUGGAAUGGGAUCGUCUGGUGGAAAGAAGGACAAAUCCGUGGGUCAAAGUUUCUUCACCCUCCGCCAUUGGCACGAUUGCACUUGUGAUCAGCCGCGCGGCAGCUGUUCGCGCGGCUCGCUGUUUGACACCUGGUGAGACGAGGGAAGAGAUCCGACGAAGAGAGCUCCACAUACAGCAGCACCCGGCUCGUUCGGUCAACGCUGCAGAAGAGGUUGAGGCUUGGAUUCUCUUUGAAAAGAAGGCUGAUGUGUCCAUUGGUGCGGUCCGUGCGGAGAUCAUUGCUGAUGAGAGUUUGGGGGAUGUUGGUGGAUUGGUGGAUGAGGAAGGUAAACGGUCAUCAGAGGGAGGAGAGCAGAAGCGACCUCCGAGGGAGAAUGAUGUCAUUAUGCAAGAUGCACCUCUGGUGCCGGUAGUGGAAGCGGCUAGUGUUUUGGAUCAGCAGCAGGGCGGGGUGGGUGGCCGACCGAUGGAGGAUUGCCGGGUUGAGAGGGCCGCGCUGGAUCUCCAGCAGGUCCAUGUUGCCCAGCAGAACGAGGAUGGGUUUGGUGGGUGGUAUGCUGUGGUCGCACAAGGUACGCCGCCGUCUGCCCAUGCGCAGGAUCAUGUUGAGCAGCAGGUUGGGGAUGGGGUGGCUGGGUGCCAUGAUGGUGGCGGCUGUGUUGAUGGUGUCGGUGGAAGAAUUGAGGAGCAGCAAUAUCAGGGGGAGGAUGUUUUACCCUCUCAGCAGGUCACCUAGGAUGUGUUUGCCUCCAUGGCCAUGGCGGCUGAUGGGCCUGUAGUGGGUGGCUCGUGUGUCGGGGCGGGUCCAUCGUCUCGACUGAGAAGUGCUAUUCGGGGCUGUCCCCCCUCCCCUGUGAGGGACAGGGAUGUAUGUGCCUCUGUGGCCAUGGCUGCUGAGGGGCCUAUACAGGGUGGCCCGUGUGCCGGAGCGGGUCCAUCGUCUCAACUGCCCACCGGGGGGUGGCUUGAGGAAGAGUCUUUUUCCGCUCCUAUGGCUGCUGAUGUGCCUAUGCAGGAUGGCCCAAGAGCCGGCGGCAGGUUGCAGGAGGAGUCCGGGGAAGGCCCGACAAGUAGGAAGCGUUCGCGUGCUCGCAAGAGGGGGAGGAAGGGGAGGUCUCAUGCUACGGGUGGGGUCGGGGACAGAGGUAAGCAGCAGGUGGUGCGGGGUUCUUCGACAUCUGAGGAGGAUGAGCCGCCUAGGAAGUUUAGAGAGGUCAAUCAGGUUGGAGUCAUAAGAUUCCCGAGGGUGGACGAGGACAGUCCGAUAGCAAGGAGAAGGGGGAAUGUUGGACGCCUGCCUCUGGAGUUUGGGUUUGGAGGUACUUUCCAACUAUGGGCUCCGGCUGAAGGGACCAGAGGAGGGGUGGCUAUGAUCUUGACAAGGUUUUUUACUGGUAAGGUGUUGGAUUUCUUUUGGGAUACGAUGGGGAGGUGGGCAUGGGUGUAUAUUGAGGAAGGGGGGAAGAGAUUGUUGAUUGUGACCGUGUAUGCUCUGGUGGACGUCACAGACCGAAAAUGGUUUUGGAGGAAUUUUGCGGCCUGUCUCCCUGACUCGGACAAUAUGAUCGUGAUAGGGGAUUUUAACACGGUGAUCCGCCCGGGUAGGGACUCGUUGGUGGCAGGGGAUCCGAAGCCGGAUGCAGAUGCAUUGUGUGGGUUAAUGGCCGACAUGGCCUUAGUGGAUGCCUUUCGCAGAUUUAGCCUUGAGGAGAAAAGCUGCACUUGGUUCGGGACUUCACCCCUCCUUCGCAGCAGGCUCGACAUGGCCUGGGUUUCCUCCGAUCUGUUGCCAAACCUCCAUAACUUUGAUCAGCAGCUGGUUCCGAUUUCGGACCACAAGUUCAUCAUAACCUCGCUCGCACUGCAUCCCCGGGUGGUUAGAAGACCUCCUCCGAUGACGGUCCCGGUGUGGUUGCUGUCUGAAUCACUUGGAAAAGAGCUUGUGGUGCAGCAAUGGGAGCUUUGGCUCGCAGCACGGUCGGAACGGACUUCGUUCUUGGAGCACCUUCAGCAGGGGGUCCGGGUUUUGGCUGCGAAGAUGAAAAGAAGAGCCAAGGUGUCCAUGCAGGCGCAUGACCGUACAGGACAGGAGUACCUCUAUCGGAUGGAAGCUUUGGGGGAGGUGCCGCCGACAGGUUCGGAGGAUGAGUGAGCCGCUAGGCUCGCGAUGGAACCGAUCCUGCAGUCCAACCCGGAAACUGAGCGGGAGGCAAUGAGGGAGACAGAGUUACAAGUGGACUUGCAGAUUUGGGAGGAGUGCCAAGUGAAGGCACAGCAAACACAGGGGAACGGAGUGCCCGUGACCAGGACGAGCAAGAGGAAGAAACGAGGGGAUGCCCGGCGAGAACGGGCAUGGGAAGGGAGUCCGUCGGUCAAGCCCGACCCCAUGCAGAUCGACUUGGAAGAAUGGAUGUUCGGGGAUCAUCCCGCGGCCAGCAAGGGAAUUGCGUCAAAGAGCCCCCCCCACCAGGUGUACGAAGGGCAUGCAAGCGAACCGGCCGCCAUGAGCCAACACAAGGUAGCAACGGAGCUGCAGCCUCAGACGGAGGCUCCAGGGGGGGCGGGUGGCUCAAUGGACAAAGAAGUGGGACAUGGGAGUCAGCGGGAGGAGGGCGAAGAGAUGUUGUUCGGAAUGCCUAAGGAUGGGAGAGACCAGCUGGAGAAAGAGCAGGGGAGUGACAUGGGGCCUGCAGAAGGAGCAGGGGAGCAGGUGCCUGCCCCAGAACUACACAAGAACGUCAAAAUAGAACCAGAGGACGAAGGAGAAGGCGCCCCCCAGGCAACGAGGUACGAAGGCAAGGGGAAAACAACCCUGCGCACGGAUGAGUCCAACAACUGUGCGCCCUCCCGCUCAGGUUAUGACACGCCGAUCAUAGUAGAACGGGACAAGAGGGAGCGGGACCCGCGUACACAGCACCACAGAGUCAAACCGGCGAUAAAGGGCCUACCCCAGAGCUCAUCAGCCGAAUGUAUUCCGGUCCCGACUACCUCGACGGAAUCGAACGAGUCCACGAAGCAGCAGCAAGCAGUUCAAACAGAACCCGCCUGGCAUCGCCCGUCACCGGGUGAACACAAGAAAGAGAGUGCCCCAGCGCAGGGGCAACCAGACCAGGAGGCGAUGAGCCGUGCCCUGCUGACCGACGAGGUACUGGAGCCAGAAGAGGCAGAGUACAAGCAGGAACAGCGGGCGGAGCCAGGUAUGGAAGGAAGGAAUAAGAGGCACGAGCUACAGCAAGACGCACAGGGAACAAACGAGGUGGACGGACGGCAGCAACAAAAGCAAGACGCCAACGAGGGAAUGGACGAGGUCAUGCAGCAAGGGGGGGACGAGAGGCGGACGCAAGGGAGUGGUAAAGAGACCCCUCCCCAGCCACACAUCCCUGAAGACGAAGAGGAAGCGCCGUGGUGUGCCCUGGCGGUGAACCACAGGAGGGAGAUGGUUACUUCCAAUUUAUCAGAGAUCCUGAAGGCGGGAGAACUCUAUGUGUGCCCUCUUGUAUUAUGGUGGUCUGCCGAUGGGAUCAAGCUAUUAAUGAAGGGCAAGGUAGACGUGCCAGUCUUUAAGGCCACUUCCCUCCCGCAGAUUCCUGAGGUGAUAGAACAAACUCGCAAGUGGCUGGGAUCAGGCUAUGAGCUCGCUGAGAUCCCGCAGAUCUCGGCCUCCCGCUUCAUCAGGCAAACAGACAAAGCUGCGGACUACGCCAUAAUGACCUUCUUUCUGGCAGCCACACCGCUCAAGGCAGGGCGACCGUGCAUGAGGCUGCGAGGGGCGCGGUGGGUGGACUUCUCUGAGAUCCAAGGACUGGCAGCGCAUCCCUGGGAUUUCCAUGUCAUCAUCCACCAGGCAUCUCUGGGCAUUCUGGAACAAAUCGAGGCCAAGCUCCCGGAGGAGGAGCGGUUUGACUCUCAACACUUUAAGGAGGGGAAGGGUAUUUGGGAGAAGGCGGGCCAUCAAGUAUGGGCCCGGGCCCAAGGCACGCGCGGAGGGGUAGCGAUCUUGGUCUCCCCUCACUUCCAAGGCACGGUGGCUGAUUGGUUCUUUGAUACCCAGGGCCACUGGGCUUGGGUGGUGCUGCAACGAGAGGAGGAAGUAUGGGGAGUACUGACUGUAUAUGGCCCGCCAGAGCUGGGGACCCGCAGGCGCAUGUGGGAGCAGUUGGCAACAGUUACGCCACAGGUCGACAACAUUGUCAUCGCGGGCGACUUCAACACGAUCAUAUCACCCGAGUUGGAUGCAGCUGCCAUGCGAUCUGAUGAAGCAGACUCGGAAGCACUGCGAGCCAGUAUGGCUAGGAUGGGAUGCAGCGACUCGUUUCGAGCCAUGCAUCUGGACCUCAGGGCAUACACGUUUAGUGGCAGCAAUCCGAGGCGACGCAGCCGAAUAGAUAUGAUCUGGGCCUCGGACCCGUUGAACAUGCGAUGUGAGGAUGUCUACAUAAUGCCCACAGCUUCGUCAGACCACGCGGCGGUCAUGGCCUCCUUCGCCAUAGGAAAAAUGGAGAUGGGUAAACCGCCGGCAUCGGUCCCUGCAUGGGUCUUCACCAGCCCGGACUACCGUCCGCUCGUGCAUCAGUUCUGGGAAGAUUGGACCGAGCACUGCCCACAAGAUGAAUACCUGCAGUGGAUCACCGAAGCCCUCGCCGCACUGCGGCGACUGCUGCUGUCGAAGCUGCGGAUUCAACGCCUGGCACACCAGAGAACAGGCCAAGAAUAUGUGGACAGACUGCUCGAGCUGGACAAAGGACCGGGGGACGCGGACGAAGACAAAUGGUGGGCAGAGCGAAUGGAGACAAUACGGCAAGGAGGGAGUGGCAGGUAGAGGACGCGACGAGGUGGGGGAGAAGGAACAAGGAGGCCUGGACUUUGGUGGGCGAACAAAUGGCCAGGAGGUUC